AUGGUUAUGACGAGUGAAGCUCACGUCCCAUCCGCAGCUUCCGUCUUACCGCCGACACCACCUCCUUCUCGCCUUCGUAGGGCCUUCGCGUUUGGCGCAUACGGACUACUCUUCGCGACCCUCGGGUUUUUGACCGCCGCAAGCCCCCUUGUGCCCGGUGUUUGGGAUGCCACACGGAAGCGUUCUGACGAGGAAUCAUUGCGCUCAUACGUCCCCGAGGAUGCCGAGGCGAAAGUCAUCGACGACUUCAUCAACAAGCACCCUCUGGCCGCUGAGAUGAGGAAGAACCCAAACAUGGCUGAAUCCCGACCCCAUAUGAAAUUGCCCGAUGCCUUGCGACGUCACAAUCUUACAGGUGGCACCCUCUUGGGGCCGGGGCGCAUCACAGUCCCUCCAGUCUGCUGGACUGAGAACGGAGGCAAGUCUCUCGUGUCCAUAUCUCACCUCGGUACGGACGUGUGCGGACAUCCUGGCAUCGUACAUGGCGGACUUCUCGCGACUAUGCUUGACGAGGGGCUGGCGCGCUGCUGCUUUGGGGCGCUUCCGCACAAUGUUGGUGUCACUGCACAGCUCGAGAUAAAUUACAGGAAACCAGUUCAUGCUGGAACCUACGUGGUGCUGCGAGCGAAGACACUCAAGGUUGAAGGACGCAAGGCUUGGGUCGAAGGCCAGCUUGAGACGCUGCCGGCUGAAGGGGAGGAACCUGUCAUUCUGGCUCAGGCCGGAGCGCUGUUUGUCACGCCAAGAUUCGCCUCAGUUAUGGCCAAACUAAACGCAACCAACAUCACAUGGCAUCCGUCUCUUUCCCGCUCUGAGCGCAACCAGCUGCGAAAGCAGCGCGGUUUCACAAUUUGGCUUACCGGCCUCUCCGCCUCCGGCAAGUCGACUGUAGCUACGGCUCUGGAGCAACAUCUUCUGCACUUGGGCGUUGCGGCGUACCGCCUGGACGGUGACAACGUUCGCUUCGGUCUCAACAAAGACCUGGGUUUCUCCGAGAAGGACCGCAACGAAAACAUUCGUCGUAUCGCAGAGGUUGCCAAGCUCUUCGCCGAUUCCUCAACCGUCGCUAUUACCUCUUUCAUUUCUCCCUACCGAGCGGACCGCCAGGUCGCCCGCGAGCUGCACACCCAAGCGAGCCAGGGCAAUGACGAUGCCAUUCCUUUCAUUGAAAUCUUCGUCGAUGUCCCCAUUGAGGUUGCAGAGCAGCGUGACCCAAAGGGUCUCUACAAGAAGGCCAGAGCCGGUGAGAUCAAGGACUUCACUGGCAUCUCCGCCCCUUACGAAGAGCCUGAAAACCCGGAAAUUCGCAUCAGGACCGACAAGUCUAGCGUGGAGGAGUGCGUGGCCCAGAUUGCCGAGUGGCUGGUCAAGGAGGGUCUCAUUUCAACCACCAAGACUGCCUAA